CAAUCUGUGAUUAUACGUAAAGUUAUACAGUAUACACUAUUGGAUAAUAUUUAAAGGACAGAAGUGAAGUUAGAAUUCCACAAGGGGUCGGAGACGAAAGUCACCGGUGUUUGUUUUUAAAAAAAAUAGCCCUCUUUUAAAAGCCGGCAAAUACAGGAACAAGAUUUGUUCUUAUUUUUCUUCCAGCAAUUUCAUAACUUACAAGAAAAACCUGAAAAUUUAACAAAAUGGCUGCACCAAUCAAAGUUGUUGUAACGGGAGCUGCUGGUCAAAUUGCUUACUCCCUUCUGUACCAGAUAGCUUCUGGAGCAGUUUUUGGUCCAGAGCAGCCUGUAUAUCUUCAUCUUCUUGAUAUAGCUCCUAUGAUGGGGGUAUUAGAAGGUGUUGUUAUGGAAUUGGCUGACUGUGCUUUGCCACUUCUAGCAGGAGUUUUGCCUACUGCUAAUCCCGAGGAAGCUUUCAAGGAUGUAUCUGCAGCAUUCCUUGUUGGUGCUAUGCCAAGAAGAGAAGGCAUGGAAAGGAAAGAUCUCCUAUCUGCCAAUGUACGCAUUUUCAAAGAACAGGGACAAGCCCUUGACAAAGUUGCUCGCAAAGAUGUAAAAAUUCUUGUUGUGGGCAACCCAGCAAACACAAAUGCCUUAAUUUGCUCGAAAUAUGCACCCUCAAUACCUAAAGAAAACUUUACUGCUAUGACCCGUCUCGAUCAAAAUCGUGCCCAAUCUCAAUUGGCUGCAAAACUUGGGGUGCCUGUUAAGGAUGUUAAAAAUGUAAUAAUUUGGGGAAAUCACUCAUCUACUCAAUUCCCAGAUGCAUCUAAUGCUAUUGUUAAAAUUGGUGGUGCAGAGAAAUCUGUCCCUAAAGCUAUAAAUGAUGAUGAAUUUUUGAAGACAACAUUUGUAAGCACAGUACAAAAGCGUGGUGCUGCUGUUAUUGCUGCCAGAAAAAUGUCAUCUGCAUUGUCUGCUGCUAAAGCAGCUUCUGACCAUAUGAGGGACUGGUUCCUUGGUACAGGUGACCGUUGGGUCAGCAUGGGUGUUGUAUCUGAUGGGUCCUAUGGAACACCUAGAGAUGUUGUAUAUUCAUUCCCCGUUACUGUUAGCAAUGGGAAGUGGAAGAUCGUUCAGGGUCUGACUAUCUCAGAUUUUGCACGUGAAAAACUUGAUCUUACAGGAAAGGAAUUAGUUGAAGAGAAGCAAGACGCUUUAGAUGUCUGCAAAGAUUGAUUGAAUAUUAUUAAAAUUAAGAAAAAAAAUUCUUAUAUAUUAUGCAGUACCUACUAUUAUAUAAUAUAGGGAAACUAUUAAUAAGAGAUAGAUAAUGUUGAUAUUAUUGGCAAUAAAUUGUUUUUGUUAUCUAAAUUUUUUCUCGUUUUGUACACAUAUUGUACAUCUCGAAAGUAUGUGAAAA